UAAGCCCUAGGACGCCUUGUUCUUCCACCUUCCGUCUUCACAACCUCGUUUUCUCCUCUUUUUCUUAGCAGUUCAGUUUGCAUUAUCCCACAGCCUCCGCCGCCGCCGCAGCACACUUCUUCACGGACGUUACACCCUCUCUUGAUCUCAGUGUGGUAACUCAGCACAAUUCGAUAAUGCAGCCGACCGAAGCCUCCACUUCUAUGGAAGUAGAAACGGUCUCAACCGAAACAAAGAAUGUGGUUAGCACAUUGCCACCGAAACCACAGUUUGAUCCCCUAAAGCCACAUGAGAUGAAUGAUGGACGAAUUCAGUUCCGAAAGGUCUCUGUUCCUCCGCAUCGCUAUACGCCUCUCAAGAAAGCAUGGAUGGAGAUUUACACCCCAAUUUAUGAACAGAUGAAAAUCGACAUCCGAAUGAAUCUCAAGGCGCGUAAAGUCGAGUUGAAAACCAGAGCAGACACACCUGACAUCAGUAACUUGCAGAAGUGUGCAGAUUUUGUUCAUGCUUUCAUUCUUGGGUUCGAUGUUAUCGAUGCCAUUGCCCUCCUAAGGGUGGAUGAACUCUAUGUUGAAUCUUUUGAGAUUAAGGAUGUUAAAACGCUACGAGGCGAGCACUUGUCGCGUGCCAUAGGCAGAUUGUCUGGUAAAGCUGGUAAGACCAAAUUUGCCAUUGAAAACGCCACGAAGACGAGGAUCGUUAUUGCAGACACCAAGAUUCACAUAUUAGGAUCCUUUGCAAAUAUCAAGAUUGCAAGGGAUUCUCUUUGCAGCCUGAUUUUAGGGUCCCCUGCAGGUAAAGUUUAUUCAAAACUAAGGGCGGUUACAGCCAGAUUAGCAGAAAGGUUUUGAUCUUUCAUGAUCAUAAUGAGAUUCAUGCUGAGUUUGUCUUGAUUAAUGAAUUUUGCAUACACUAGUUGUCUGAGGAACAGAGUGUAUCUUUGUCGAAAAGAUUGCACAUUGAAGAAGUUGUCUCAUUAAGUAGCCUAUGUUCACAACAAUAGGCAUCAGGUGAUUGGCCUUUUUCUGGGUUUGUUUUUUCUUGUCGAUCGAGGUUUUUGUAUGUAGUCGAUGUGUUGAUUGAUUGAUUGA